UAAAAUUGGCCCUAUUGGGUGAAUGUUGUCUGUCUAUCUGUGUUAGCCCUGCGAUGAGGUGGCGACUUGUCCAGGGUGUACCCCGCCUUCCGCCCGAUUGUAGCUGAGAUAGGCGCCAGCGCCCCCCCCGACCCCGAAAGGGAAUAAGCGGUAGGAAAUGGAUGGAUGGAUGGGCCUAAAAAUAUCUCGAUUUUAAAAACAGGCAAUAUCGCCCAGCCCUAACUUAUUUCAAACAUUUUUAUUCAUGAGACCCUUUGUGGAAAGCCAUAAAGGUAAAAAAAAACAAAAAACUAUUGUAUUGCUUUUUAAAAAGAAAAAUAUCAACAUGCUACCAAUUAAUGCUAAAGGACAUACUAAUGCUGAUGCUAACGCCACAGGUGCCAUUAAUUAAAAAAAAUAAAAAAAUAACCCACCGACAUAAACUUCACGCCAUCGUUUGCGUAAAUUCGUGGAUUCAAUGUCAAAAAAGAGUUUACCCACGCUACGUGUAACUUGUGAAAUACUUACGCCCCGGGUUCGUCACAGACAGCAAGUACAGGAUGAGCCCGGCUACGAGUGCUGCGUCAUGCGGGCUCCAGUGGACAGCAAGCGAACGCGUCUUCUGUGGGUGGAGAGCUGACUGCGGCGCCCAUGUCCUCGACAGAAGAGCCGGGCGUACUGUCGGCUCACCACCUCCACCUCCACUCGGUCCCCUCAAGAAUGGACUCCUCUGGCUCAGGGGACAAUCAGUUUUCACCCGGAGCCCGAAUUCAUUCUAAAUCAUCCGGCUACGACGUGUUGUCAGUGCUCGGACGAGGCGCCUUCGGUAAUGUUGUCAAAUGCCGGAAGACGACUGACCAUAAGACGGUGGCGGUGAAAACCAUCAAGAACCACGGCACUUCGGCCAAACGGGCCAUAUAUGAGAUUCUGGCCCUGCUGAAAAUCAAAAAGAUGGAUGCUGACAAAUGCCACUUUGUGCAAUGGAACAGCAUAUUCAGCAUCACAGGGCAUGUUUGCAUUGAAUUUGAGCUUCUGGACAAAAGUCUAUAUGACUUGAUUAAAGAACGGAAUUUCAGACCGCUGCAGCUGAAGGAGAUCAGGCCCAUUGUCUAUCAGUUGGCAGAAACACUGGAUCAUCUGAAGGCUUCUCAGAUCAUCCACGCAGACCUCAAGUUGGAGAAUGUAAUGCUGGUCAACCACGUGCAGCAGCCCUACAAAAUUAAAGUCAUCGACUUUGGCCUUGCUGCCCACGUGUCCACCGCCAAACAGGGCUCGCUUAUUCAGACGCUCCCUUAUCGGUCUCCAGAGAUCCUGUUGGGCGCCCCUUUCACAGAAGCAAUAGACAUCUGGUCUAUAGGCUGCAUCGCAGCUUUUUUAUACACAGGCACUCUGCUCUACCCUGGCAAAAAUGAAUACGACAUGAUCAGGUUCAUUGUGGAGACUCAAGGUCUGCCUCCAGAUAAUGUUCUAGAGGCUGGUCUACAGACCAGCUGCUUUUUCCAGAUGGAACACAACUUUGCUUGGAAGCUCAAGACACCAGACCAAUACCAGAAAGAGACCAGUUUGGUCCCCAAAGAGACCAGACGAUUGAAGUUCAACUCACUUGAUCGCCUUUUGCAUUUUCAGCCUGGCAUCUUAAACACCAGGCACAUCGCAAACAAAGCUGCCAAGACGGCCGACGUGCAGAAGUUCGUAGAGCUGCUCAAAGGAUUGCUGGAGCUCGAUGCCUCCCAACGUCUGACACCUCGCCAGGUGCUGGAGCACGACUUCAGCAGCAUGAGCCACUUAGAACCGCUUCACGGCACCAGCUCUCACGUGCAGUCGUGCUUUCACAUCAUGUCCUUCUGCUCCAACAAGACCACUCUACAAUCCUUCGGCGGUAAAGGAUUUGACUCGUCAUCACUGAGCGAGCCUCACGACGACGAGUCAUGCUGUAGCCCCACUUCACCAGAACCGUACGAAAUCAUUGCCAAAGAAGAGCAGUCGGACCCAAGUUGACGUCAAACGGAUAGGGAUGAACAGGACGAGAUGAUGGGUUGGUGAAGAGGAGAGGAUAGUAUUUUAUGCCUUGAGUCUUCUCUUUAUCCUUCUUCAGUAACAGCUGUAAGCUCUCCCCCAAUCAUGUGGUGUGGAAAUGAAUAUUGGUGGUGGUCUGAAGCGCCAAAUAGCUGUUAACUCACAGCAAGUGUCCGAACGAAUUAGUAGGUAAAAUGUGGUUGAAUUUAAUGUGUUAGUGAGCAGCCAUUUCCGGUUUCAUCGGUAGUAAGGACAUUUCCUGUUACAUUGAUGACUAUUCCAUAAAUUGUUUCUUUCACUGGAUUUCUAGAUCCUGACCAAAAUGUAAAAUCUCCUUCCUAGUCUGCCACCUCUUUUGUGGAAACUGUUGCUUAAUCCUGCUAACUGUACUCUCACAGUAUUUUCUGUACUAAUAUGUUAAAAUAGCUGCACACCACAAAGCGACUUUGUCUAUGUUGUGGUUUAUCAACGCAAAUUCAAAGUCUGUUAUAUGCCCUGUAGCCUAAUAUUAAGUGCACUUUGGACCUUCUGAUGGCUUAAAACCUGGGCCAUAAAAUGGACCGGUAUUGUGCACGGCUGUGUCUGCAUCUUCAUUCUAACCGCUCUCCUUGCCCCAUGCCCUGUCUCUCUGCACCUAGCCUUUUAAUCCUCCAAUAAAACCCAUCUUAUUCUCACCGCCACCGAGGUGUCGGCGUCUGCCGUUGGCACCAGGAAAUGAACAAUCCCCAAACACACUUCUUGAUGAAUGUAGUGUUUCACCACAUUGGUGCCCAUGCCUCUGAUUUGUGUGCACGGAGACUUCCACUGGAGGCUUAGCAGAUGAAUAGUCCUUGCCUGGGAGCUGCUUAGUGCGCGGCACACACGGGACUGGCUAUGUUGCAAUGCGACAGCUGGUUGACAACAACUGGUAGUACAUUAUGCAAAUGACAGCAACUCCUUAACUUGGAUCGUUGUCGUUGAUUAGACUAUGUGGAAGUAGGCAAGAGGUAGUGGUUACUAACUACUGUUAGUCUUUUAUAUCAGUUUGUUUAGUCGAUUUUCCUUAGUCUGUCCUUCAGUUGGUCUGUCCAACGCCAUCUUUUCUGUCUGCCUACACCUCUGUCCGUCCAAUGGAUGAACAAAUGUACAACUUGACAGACCAAUUGCCAAAGACAGAUGACUCUGAGAGCUUGUCCAUAUAUCUCUCUGUAAUUCUGUCCGUCAGUUGGCUGGUCCAUUCACUCCUACUAAAUGUUUGUGCGUCCGUCUCUAUCAGGCAGUUGGUCUUUUCCACCGCUACCAUCGGUCUCGCCGCUCACCAGCCAGUUCCUCAUGCAUUAGGUGUGCUUUGCCUGUUUUUGUGUCUCAAUGAGAAUGGAUAAAAAAAAUGCAUGUA